GAUGCCUGUCAUGGCCGCCUCCGUGGCCUGGGGAGGCGUGAAUGCUGGGUUCCUGCUGCGGGCUGCCAGGGGUUCCUGGUGGUGCCGACCCGGGGGCUUUUGGGGGUCCUGGGAGGCGGCGGCGCCUGCGAUAGCCAAGAAGUUCCGGGCGACAGGCUCGCGCCCGGCGGGGGAGGAAGAAGCUGGCGGCCCCGAGCGGCCCGGGGACGUGGUGAACGUGGUGUUCGUAGACCGGUCAGGCCAACGGAUUCCGGUGAGCGGCAGAGUCGGGGACAAUGUUCUCUACCUGGCCCAGCGCCAUGGGGUGGAUCUGGAAGGGGCCUGUGAAGCCUCCCUGGCAUGCUCCACCUGCCACGUGUAUGUGAGCGAGGACCACCUGGACCUUCUGCCUCCUCCUGACGAGAGGGAGGACGACAUGCUGGACAUGGCCCCCCUCCUCCAAGAGAACUCCCGGCUGGGCUGCCAGAUUGUGCUGACACCUGAGCUGGAAGGAGCUGAAUUCACCCUGCCCAAGAUCACCAGGAACUUCUACGUGGAUGGCCACGUCCCCAAGCCCCACUGACACAGGCAGCUGGAUGGUCCCAGACACUCACGGCCCCAGGGCCAGGACUGGAGGAAUAGCCAAGUUGCCAGCCCCGCCCAGAGCACGGGACGGGCCCGGGAAAGAUGGCGGAAGCAACCGGAAGGCCAGAACCCCCGCUUCAGAGAGAUCCCACGUCCAGGCUCUGGUGGGGACAGGGCCCCUGUUGGGGCAGCCUCCCCCAAACCCCUGAGAAUGGGGGUGUGGAUAGGGGUGGAAUCUAACCGGAGAGAUAAUAAAACCGUCUCACAGA